CCCCCUGACGUCGUUUGGACCCCACCUCAGUUGCCCGCUGUCACCUCACCUUUAUUGUACACGACGGUGGCCCCCAAAUACUCGUAGAGUAACGUUGCAUCUUUCUACUACGGACCGAGUUAAGUCUAAUGCUUGAAGCCUUGUUGAACAAAGUUUAGUUGUGUGGCUUCACCAUAUGCUCAAUACUUAAACAUGUAAACAGCGGAUGGCAACUAAUACUUGAAAAUAUGCUUGAGUUGCAGGACCUGUUGCCAUAGAAUCGUCAUCAUUAUUGAAUAACAAGUGUUUCACUGUGUGUAAUGUUCUAAGAAACUGCAAAGAAGUUCUGUGAAUAUUUAAGUUCGACCAAUAACCAAAAGACAUUCCAGAAUCUAAAUAAUAAUCACUUGUGUCUUACUACUAAUUUAGUUCCCGAAAACCUCAUGUUUAAUGUGGUAAGAGUCAUUUCAGUGUCCAGAAACUUAGUGACUCUGGCAAAACCUUCUUGGCAAAGAAAACUAAAUUUUAAGUUCCUCGACGUAGGGAAGAUCUUUGGUGCAACUACUGCACAAUGGCGGGUUUCAGCGGAUGGGACUGGGCUGUGUUUGCAGUGUCCUUGGCCAUUUCCCUGGGCACGGGCAUAUGGGCGGGCCUGGUAGCACGCAAGAACACCGCGAAGGGCGACUCCAUGGCCAGGGCGUCCGAAUUCCUUAUGGGUGGACGAAACAUGAACCCCAUCGCUAUUGCUCUGUCAACCACGAUAGGUGCCCUCUCCAGCAUCACGGUGCUCGGUAACGCGGCAGAGAUGUACGCUUACGGCACACAACUGUGGAUGAACCUGAUAGGUAUGUCUCUGGGCUUCGUCUACGUCCACUUGGUGAACCUGACGGUGCUGUACCCCCUGAAGAUCACCAGCGUUUACACGUACAUCGAGCGGCGGUUCAAGUCCAAAAACCUUCGGGCCUUCACGGUGUAUACCACGUUCAUCGGGACUUUCUUCUUCAUGGGACUGUGUGCGUAUACCCCGUCCUUGGCCAUGGAGACGAUCACCGGGAUCCCCUCGUGGGCCUCCGUCAUCGUCCUCGGGGUCACCUGCACCAUAUACUCCUCUUGGGGCGGCGUGAGGGCGGUGGUGUAUACGGACAUCUUCCAGUCCUUCGUCAUGAUGGGCGGUUUGCUGUUCAUCGCUGUCACCGCUACCAUAGAGACGGGCGGCCUCGAGAAAGUGUGGAGCAUCGCUGACGCCCACGGCAGGGUGGAGUGGUGGAACAUCAACCCAGACCCUCUACAGCGUGAGAGCUUCUGGCUGGUGACCGUCCAGGGAUACUUCUUGUCUCUCUUGGUCCUCGGGAUGGGUCAGCCACAGGUCCAACGUGUCUGUUCCGUCUCUUCCUGGAAGAGAGCGAUCAGCACCCACUACUUAAACAUGGUGCUCUUCAUAGCAGUGUACAGCUGCUGUUACUUCAUGGGCAUCGCUGUCUUUUCCGUCUACGCUGACUGUGACCCAAUGGCAACAGGAGACAUCUCCACGCCCGACCAGAUCAUCCCUUACUACACAAUCGACAAGUUGUCUGUCUAUUACGGUCUACCUGGGAUCUUCAUAGCCUCCUUGUACGCUGGAAGCCUAAGCUCGUAUUCGGCACAGAUUAACGCAGUGUCCGCCGUCUUGUGGGAGGACUUUUUCAAGAACUCCAACUGGGUGGCGAACAUGGCCGAGGAACGGAGACCCAACGUAAAUGUACUCGUCAGUGUGAUCACAGGGACGGUGGGCAUCGUGGCAGGAAUAAUCGCGAGCCAGUUGGGUGGGAUUUUCCAGAUGGGGCAGACCAUCCUGGGCACCAUCCACGCCCCUCUCCUCGGCCUCUUCAUCCUUGGGAUGUGCUGCCCCUUCGCUAACAAGAUCGGUGGGACGGUGGGGUUCGUCACGUCCCUGACCUUCAACCUGUGGGUGACCUGCGGCACCAUGGUGUACGGGAGGCCCCCAAAGACUCUUGAUUUCUCUGAUGCUGGCUGUAACGUCACUACCACCACUAUGGACGCCCUCACCACCUAUCCUGACUUCCACACCACAGACCUUCCAUCCACCACCCCCGAUCCGGGAAACGACUAUGUGUUCCCGCUGUAUUUGGUCUCCUACACACUCUACGCCCUCUUCGGGGUCUCCAUCACCUUCUUCGUCGGCUCUAUCGUCUCCCUCAUCUUCAAACCUUGGUCGACGGACGUGACAGGCAAGGACCUCGUACACAAGACCUUCUAUAACCUGAUGAGGAAGUGGGAGAAACGCUACACGCCAGAGGACCCUGCGGCUAGCUCCAAGAACCUGGUGCCUCUGGAAAAGUAUUAGAUUGAUGGUCUGUAGAUGGUGCUGUUAGACAGGUACUAGACGUUGACUAGCGGAGGACAGACUAUCAAGAACACCUUCAGAGAGUUACUAGACAACAUCCAUUUGAGGUUACUGGUGCUUUUUCUCAGUACCUCAAGAAAAUACAAGAGUGCAGGUACUUUAACGCAGUACCUCUAGAAAGAACUAGAGUACAAGGUACUUUCACUCGAUGCCUCGAGAAAAUACAAGAAAUCAGGUACUGUCCAUGCCUCUUAGAAAAUACUAGAGAAUUUGACUCAGUACCUCUCGAUAAGUCUGCAGUAAUUUGAGCUAGUUAGAACAAUUCUACGUAUUGACUCUAGAAAGUUAAAAGAAUUCGUUAAUGGUUUAAUAUGUCUCUGGAUAACUCCCAGUAAUAGAACUGCACUAGACAAUAAUAAUGGAGAGGGAAUAAAUAGAUAAACAGGGAGGUGUUAGUUCAAGGUGAAUACAGGGUGGAGACAACAAAGCUGGGGAGGAACAAGAAAAAGAUGAUGACAGGGAAGAAGGAGCAGGAAGGGAAGAAGAGCAAGAAGUCAGAAGAAAAAGAAAUAGAUGAAGUAGCAAAAGAAGAAGAAAGGGAAGAAGCCGGGGAAGAAGGAGAAGUAGUGUUGGCAGUGGAAGAGGAAACAAUAUUAUCAGUUUACAUACAAACGCUCAUUAACCUUCACUUGUAUAAUGCAAACAAAUUCUCACAAUAUUUAAGUGACUUACAUUAAAGUAUAGUAUAACGGUGAAUACCUAAAUUAUUUGCAAAUAUCUCAUGUUGCUUUGAACUUAUAAUGUAACCCUCUGUUAUAUUGAACAAUUAGUGAACAGGGAACAGAUGACGUUAUUGGGAUUAUGUAAUGUUAUUGUAUGCAGGAGAUGUUUCUGUGAACAAAUAAUGUUAUUGUGAAAAAGAGGUGUUAUUUUGAACAAGUAAAGUUAUUGUAAGUA